GUCAGCAGUAGCCACGCAAGGCAUGCGUUUCCCUCAAAGCAAUCGAUACAAUCUGCUCUCUCACCUGCACAAAACGACGGAAGGAAGAAGAAGAACGAGAACAAGCAGGAGGAAAGUCGGAACUUAAAAGUGACACAAAUCCGUUCUUAUUUCUUGAAAAUUACGAGGACGGGUUUUCUGUGUAAUCAGACUUCAAUUGAUUUCGGAACUUGUCUGGAUUAGCGUAAUAAAACCACAGAUUACUGUCGUUAUCUUGGCUGGGCAAUGAAUUCGCUCCUGCUUUUGAGUAGCUUGUGUGGAAGGACGAUUCGAGCAUGUUGCAAUUGAAUUGACGAUGACAGAUAAGAGAACUGGAUCUGAAAACCUGAAACCCUAAAAUUCAGGUCUCAGCUACAGCCCUAAUUCGAUGAGGCUCAUUUUUUGGAGAUUCAGCAGGCUGAUGCAUAUGAUGAUCUGGUGAAAUAUAGGUAACUUGUUAGUACACUUGUUGGUUGCUAAUCCAACUGUUUUUACCCACAUCACAGUAUAAGUAUUCAUAUAUUUGGAGAAAAAUGCAUACAAAGCACCGAAACGGACCAGGGAACAUGUACAGAUCAAAUUCCAUAGGAAUUGGAGGAGUGGCUGCCGCCCGAAUUUCUCCAGAAAGUUCAGUGAGAGGUCCUCGGAUGUACGGUGCUGAGAAUAGGGCCUAUGGUCGUGAUGGUUAUGGACGUGCUGGUCGUCCAAAGCACCUUCAGCCACCACAAGAGGUUGAUGUUUUCAAGGAAGCUGGUAAGCUGGCUGCUGAGUAUUUGGUUUCUAGAGGGGUGCUUCCUCCGAGUGCACUUUCAGGGAAGUGGCCGAGUGAAGCCUUGAAGAACCAGGAGGGCAAUUUUCAGGAAUUUAGGCAACAGCAAGCGGAUAGAAUACAAAGUCCUGCAAAUGGCCGGGCCUCUGUUCAUUCUCGUUUAGGAAAUGCUGCUAUAGAAGUAGGACUAGGUAGGAGAAAGUACUCUGAUGAGUACUCUUUACUGGAUUCAAGAAACUCAGGUAGAGUAAGGAGAAGAGCUGGUUUAUUUAAAAAUUACAUGACAGAGACGAACAAAGAAUCUGGUCGAAGUGAAUCAUGGGCGGAGAAGAGCAGGGCUUCCCCUGGGAAAGAAGUUGACAGUGAUGCUUCGGUUGGACAUAAUGGUGAUCAGCUUGUAGAAAAGGAUGAUAAUUCUCAGGUGCAGAAUUUAUCUCCUUGUGAAGUAACCAAAGAAGUUGUGAGUGAAGUUCAUACGGCACCUGCUACAGAAAAAUGUGGUUUAGUGGAGAAUGCAGAUGCAAAUAACUCUACUUUGAGCAAAGAGAAGGUUCUACUGUCGGGUACAGAAGGAGAAUGCCCCAAAAAGCCUGAUGAUGCUGAUAAGUUUAAGGAUGCUGCAGAGUCUGUUGAUGAAAAAGGAAACAAUGAUGCUUUGAAUCAAAAGGAUGAAAUGUCUAAGGAGGUCCAGUCUUCUUCAAGGGAUGAUAUUUCAGUUAGGGAGGACCAUAAUGAUUUAGUCAAGCGCUGCAAAUUUGUAAAUGUUCCCACUAAAACUCGAUCUUCAUUGAUGAACAAGGGAUCCAAGGGUGGUCUGGAUCCUGUGAUCGUAGAAGUGAAUGCAUCAAAGAAAGAACUUUCAGAAAGCUCUGAGACACGGACCUUGGAUAAUGAUAUUGGCAGUUCCAGAGGUAAUGCUUCAUCUCAAGAAAACCAAGAACUCAAACCAAUUCAAUCUGAUAUGGUAAAUUCUCUGCCUACAGCUAAAGAACUUGAUAUUUCCAAAAAUCUGAAUCCUGGAUUGUGCUUGAGGUCUGGAUCAUCAGUUGAAAUUCUUCAAUGUAAAGAGGAAGAACCAGAGGAGCAGUUAUCUGAACUUCAAAGGUCCAAUCCCAUGUUUAUGGAGAGAGAUGGAAAGCGGGCUGUAGAUUUUGACUCUGAUGAUAAGAAGGAUUUCAAAAAGUUUAGACAAUGGUUUCCUACCCCGGAUGCUGAAUCUGACGGCUCUCUACUGGUAUAUAGCUCUACUGAAGAACAGUCAUGUGUACAAGAUGCAAAAACUUUACAGAGUGCUCAUUGCAACCUAUCUCCUGAUCAGAAAAGUUUGGAUAACUCAAUGUUUCCAAGAGGGCAAGCUGAGCCAGGUGAAUUCAUGGAAGAGAAACAGCUGUUUCCGGGUUCAUUUAAGACUUGUGAUCUGAAUCUAGAUGGAACUAGUGAUGUUACUGAGCAGCGAGAUACUGAAACUAUGUUUUUAUUUCCAUCAGUAACUCAAGCAGGAAAAGUAGGAUCCUCUGUUGGCAUUGAUUUAUCGAUGAGUAAUAAUUGCUCGCCGAAUAAAGAUAAUAAACACAGUGUUGGGGCCAAUGAUAUUGAAGUUAUUGAUUUGGAUAGUGAUUCUGCACAAGAAAACAAGGCUUUCAGUAAUCCUGAGAGAAGGGGAGAUGUGGUAUUUGCUGACCUGGAUGGAUUUUCGAAUAAUGUACAUAAUGCAAAUGCAAUUCCAGAUGUUCAGGAUGGGUAUGGGUUGAUGAUAUCUGAGCUACUUGCAAAUGGGAGCCCAACCUGUACUUCUGUUCAUACAGACUUGAAUUCUUUGAACAAUCCUAUGGGCCUUUCUAACACUGAGGGUAUGCUUGCUGAUGAUGACUCAAUUUACAUGUCCCUUGGUGAAAUACCAAUAAGUCUUUUGGGGCAUUGGGAGCAACCGACACAGGACUAUGGGAAGCCAUUUUGAGCACAUUGUGGAAUCAUUUCAAGUAAUUUCACAUCUGGGUAGCUGCGCUGACAUGUUUAAUAAUUUCUUUUGCCUGUUUAUUACUGUUCAAAGGCUUGUUUAUUUGAGUCGAGUUGCUGUUGCAAUCAUGAUAUGCAAUGUUAAGCGUAGAUCUAUCCGCCUGCCAUCACACCUUGUUCUAUUAUUAUAUUUGAGUAGCCAUUUCAGUCGGAGAUCGCGUCUUAUUACCCGAUAUUGAUCUUCGACUUCAAUUAGCAUGUUAUAGGUAAAAAUUGUGGAGCUGAAGCCUGAAUGGCUUGCAGAACUCUUAAUUUUUAACGGAUAUAUGCAGUUUGAUUGCUGAAAUUUCUCAAAUGCAAGAAACAGGGCAAUUCUUGGA